AGGAGCAACCAAGGGCAGAAACGCAGCAGACCCUGAUUAGGUGAAACUGGGCAAUCCUGCCCUACACUCCCACCAGUGAGAGCCCAUGAAGAGCUUCAGGUUCCAGGCAUGCAACCCCAUUCAGCCCAGUGAGAAAGCAGCCUGGCAAUAGGAUUAGAGACCUUCUCAUCAGAUAAUAGAGGAUUUCCAAGUCUGCGACACUCCCAGAAAUCAGAUCAGAAGACAGCCUGGCCCUGUCCCGAUGCAGAGGAGGUGCUUCAGUGCUCAUGCAAGAAGAUGAAGUGCUCCUGGAUGUUUGCAGUCUGUGUGCUCUGGCUGAGCGGGCACCGCUGCGCGCCCACCCGGCAGGAGGAGGCGGCACUGCGUGAGAGCCUGAAGCUAUUAUCUGAAGCUGGGGAGAAGUAUGUAGAUGAAGAGGUAAAGAAAGCUUUGAUUGGUAUCAAGCAGAUGAAGAUUAUGAUGGAGAAGAAUGAAGAUAAGCACAUGGAUCUGAUGAAGACCUUGAAGAAGAGCAGUGAAGAAAAACAGGAAGCCCUGCGCCUCAUGGAUGAAGUGAAGGAAAGACUGGAAGAAGAAGAAAGACAGUGUCAAGUGUCCCUGAAAAAUCUAUGGGAUGAGUGUGGAUCUUGCUUAGAAAGCACCUGCAUGAGGUAUUACACAGCCUGCAAACCCAGGCUGUCAGCCUUCACAAGAAAGGUUGAAGAUUUUUUGAGGAAAAUACCUCCACUAUUUUUUACUGUUCCUGAGGAUCAAGGAAAAGACAUCCAGUUUCAUGAAAAGCCUGAGAAAGAGGACACUCAGCUAGUGAAAAUGGAAGAUGUAUUCAGCCAACUGCUCUUGGACAUGGGCUCAAUAUUUGACAGAAGUUUAAUUUUCUUCAAGCAGAUGCAAACAGAAUUUGACCAAUCUUUUCAGACAUAUUUCAUGUUGGAUCUGGAUGCCAAUGAGUCUGUCAGUGUGCCAGAUGUGCCCGAGCAGCUGGGCAGAAGUGACAGCUCCCAGAAGGGCUGGGGCAUCCCCAGCUUCUUCCAGACUGUCUUUGAUUUCAGUAAGAUGGUGUUUGAAGGGGUCCGUGAGGCCAUCACCGAGGCAUUUGAUGAAUACAGAGAUGACACAAGGGAUGUGCCAGCACAAGCCAAAGAUGCUGACAGAAGAGACAUGCUCUCCAAAAUCAUGCCAGGCCACAAGAGACCUCUGUGCAGGGAGCUUCGGGAGAGCUCUCCUGGGUGCCUGCAGUUCCAUGAGAGAUGUCAGACAUGCCAAGACAACCUUCUGCAUGACUGCCCAAAUGUUCCUGAGCUGCACAGCAAGUUUGAUGAAGCCUUCAAGCUGGUCAACCUCUCUGGGGAGCAGUAUGAGCAGAUCCUCCAGGUGGUUCAGCGCCACACAGAAGACACUUCCUACUUGUUGACCAAAAUGAAAGAAAGGUUUGGGUGGGUGUCUGAGCUAUCCAACAUCACCAUCGGGCCAGAAAACAUUUUCAAUAUAGUCAAGGUGGUACCUGGGGAUCCCUCCAGCAAAAAUGAAACUGUGGUAGACGUGAAUAUUCUGACUUCACCUACUUUCACCAUUAAAGUUCCUCCUAACUUAGACCUGAAGAGUGCUGAAUUCAUUGAAUACAUAGCUGGGAAGGCACUGCAGCUAUAUAAGCAAAAUUUUUAAGUGGAAAGAAGGCGUGUGAACUUUCUUCCUGCGAUCCAGCAUCUAGUCUUCUAGGUGAAACACUCUGAGUUCAACACACAGCUACCUGUGAAGUGGCUAGGGGUAAAAUAAUUGCAUAUAUGUUCGUUUAGCCAACGCUGUGACAUACAAGUUAGCAACCAAAGACUGUAGAAUUCUUCUAACUCAAACCAAACUUUAAAUAAAUUUUAAUAUUAAAUGUUACUGAUGUUAAUUAGGUAAUCUUUGGUAACCAGAUAUGGCCCUGGUUGUGCACAGACUGAAGGAAACAACUCUAAGUGUAGAAACAAAUCCUAUUUGCACACUUCAAUUCAAAGACAUUCUUCAGACCUUCCAAGACCAGUCCCCACAGAUGUUGCACACCCAGCUAAAUCUCAGUGAACCACUCUUAGGAUAGUAUUAUCCAAUUAAAAGAUUCCAUUUCUUCUUCCACUUGCUUUUGAUGUUUAUCGUGUACAUUAAAUGACUUUUCUGAGUAAGCAGUAAUUCUUCUGCCUUUUGUGUUUCUUACUUGUAGUUAAUUCUUGGAAUUAAUUUUUCUUAAUUAAGGAGGAAGCCUGUAAUCAGAAAAGAUGUUUGUUUUUUUCCUGAA